UCACCUUGUCAACCAAAUUCUUCACAUAAGCUUAUUCCAGUCACCAGCGGGUCAUACUACAAUCCCUCUAGAAGCGCCGAAAGCCCCAAUCAGCACCUGAAAAACCUACCUCCGACCGACCACACCACCACCACCCGCCGCCGCGGGCCAACCUAGCAACGAUGCAGGGCUUCAACAUGGGGCGUUACGUCCCGCCGGACGUUGAAGGCACAACAACGGGCAACAAACUCCACAAGAAGCGCCCCCCCGGCAUAUCGCAAUCAGGGGAACAGACGAUCCGCUUCGAAAUGCCAUUCGCAGUAUGGUGCACGCACUGUCCGCAACCAACCAUAAUAGGCCAAGGCGUGCGUUUCAACGCCAUCAAAAAGCGCGUAGGGUCCUACCACAGCACGCCUAUAUUCUCCUUCCGCAUGCGCCACGCCUCCUGUGGCGGGACCCUCGAGAUCCGCACCGAUCCUGCGAAUACAACGUAUGUUGUUGUGGAAGGUGGGAGGAAGAGAGAUGUGGAUGAUAAACUGGCUGCUACGUAUAUGACCGGUGGUGUGGAACCUAUAUUAACGGAUAAAGAACGCGAGGAUUUACGCACGAAUGCGUUUGCGAAAUUAGAGAAGACGAUUGCGGAUCGGAGGGUUGUGGAGGAGGGUAAGGUGCGUAUUGAUGAGUUGGCGGAUGAGAGCGCGAGGAAGUGGGAGGAUCCGUAUGAGCGGAAUCGCAAGCUACGCGCUGCGUUUAGGGUUGGGCGGCAGGAGAGGGAGCGUGAUGAGGCGCGGACGGUGGAUUUGAAGGAUAGGAUGAGUUUAGGGAUUGAGUUGCUAGCUGCGAGUGAGGAGGAUGCGAGGAGGGCGGCUUUAGUGGAUUUUGGACCGUCGAGUGAUGGUGGGCAGGGGCAGAUGGGGAGGAAGGCGCUUGCGAAACCGUUAUUUGCUACGGGCGCGAAUGGGAGUAAUGGCGGAGACUCGAAAGAUGACGGAAAGAAAACGAAGAAUAAGAGAUUAAAGUCGGAGAUUGCCGCCGCGCAGACGCGGGAUAGUCUGGUGUCGGAGAUUAUGGACAAUACGCGAGUAUCUCAGGAUCCGUUUCUGGCUCUGGAUCGCGGGAACGGAGAAACUACGAAGGGCUCAUCUAGAAUACUCGGAAUCAAAAGGAAACGGCCGGAACAAGAAUCGGGGCUGGAUGAAGAAGGAACACCUAAUAGCUCCAAGAUGGAAAAGGAGGUAACGGUUGAUGUGGAAAAGGGAGAGAAGACAGUACCCUCUACUGCUUUGGUGGAGUACGAUUCGGAUUGAGGCAUUGAAAGUAUCGAGCACGGCGUUUGGAUGACAGGUUUGUUUUUAAAGAUACCCAGGUUAUAUCAUGACAUCGGUAGCAUAGAGGGGAUACCAAAGACGGACCAUAUGGUUACGUCGGAAUAGAAACCACGGCAUGCACAUAUGAAUCGAGUCGUGUUAAAUUCAUUCAUACCAUUCUUCCAUGGAACGCUGAGUACCACCGAGGGGAUUACCGCUUUAAAAGCAACCCGAACAGCACAAUAGAGAACAAGUGCACCGAAAACCCAAUGCUAGCAGUUUAGGAAGGGUUGGAAUUCCAGUACCCGGUUCAGUUCCUUUAUGCAAAUUCCACGCGAGGACACCAAAUACCACCCGUAGACCACCAGAGAAAACCCGUAAUACUCCUUAACCCUGAGAACGCAGUGCAUAUUUAUCAAAUAAAGAGGGGAAUGUAACCUUCGGAGGAUCGUCGUCGGCUACUUCGAGUGAGUACCUAUACGUCGUCCAUCUGGCCGGCGGGCUCGUCCUCUUCGUCCCCGAAGCUCGCUACUGAGGACAUAUCGUCAUCGUCUUCGCUUUCGGCUCCGGCGUCGUCCGCGGCAUCCUUACUGGCAUAUUUCUGAACGUAUUCUAUGUUCCAUUUUAGCUAACCUUCUCAUUUGAU